AUGUUCAUCUCGUCGAGGAUCGCGCACCAACUGAUUGGUGGAUCGGAACAAGUCGCAGAAGGGUCACAUGACGGACGUUCACAUAAUAUAACGCCAAUCAACUCCAUAAUAAGAAUCGGAAGAUCGAGUGCAUCUAUCAUAUAUCGAGAGCCCGAGAGCGCCCAGCGACGCUUCCAAGAAGAGGGGGGGGGGGGGUUUCCACCACGUCCCCCGCCACCCAGAGCCACCCCCUCGUUUGCCGCCCCAGCCGAAGGGGCUGGUGCCUUGCGUGGGCGGUUCUAUGAGUGCACACCCCGAGGUGGUUGGUACCGCGGCACGUGCACGGGCGGCAAGGUCGGGCGGACGACGACUCAUGGGGCCCACGCGGGCUGGGGUUGGUGGUUGGGUCGGGUGGCUAGAUGGGGCGAGGGAGCCGAGGGCGGAGCGCCCGGGCUGCCGCUAUUUAUACGGAAAUCAAUAGCGGCCCGGCCGUGGCCUUGGGCGCAUCGAUCGGGCCGCGGGGCCGAGCCCCCGACGCGCCCUCGCACCGUCGCCCGUGCGCCAUCAAAUCAAAACAACUGGGAGCCCUCAUAUCGCAUAAGGAAGAUG